AUGACUGCACCAGAUAAGAAGAAAAAGACAAUAACGCUGGAAUACGCAGUAUUCUUUAAAAAGCACGAUAUACAAAGGAAGAAACCCAUGGUAUAUCUAAUGCUGUGGAUAUUGGCAUUCCACAAAGUAUUUACGCAGUUUGAAAUCGAAGAGAUAACCAGAAUGCACAAGAUUAGAUUUAUAAAUGGUGAAAGCUCAGAUAUAAUAAAUCCAGCAGGGCCUUUAAACCUCAUGCGCGGGUACAUAUACAAUAGAAAUGGGUAUAUGUACAGUAAAAGGCUUUUCUCACCGGAGAUAGAUAUAGACUACAAGCUAUAUUCAUACAUUCCUACCUGCGUGGAAGAAAUUAAACAUAAAUUUGAUAGAAGUGUCCAUAUGGAUGCAGCAUAUUCACAUGCACCAACAUAUAUGCAUCUUCUUUUUCCAGAAGACUAUAUAGAUCCAGUGGACGUAGAAAGUACAUACAUGAAAGACUACCACAACAUAUUUAUCAAGCUAUUUUACCAGUACGAUGUGCAUGUUAUUGCCAAGACGCUAAAAGGAGAUUCAUUCUAUAGGUUCUUGAAUUGUUCAGAGGUAAAACCGCAUGCUAGCUACAUUCUAGCUGCUAUGGUUCUUCUCUCUGAAGGAUUUGAUGUGCCGCUUGAACUCCAUAGAAACGAGCAGACCUCUGAGGUAGAUCUUAUACUAUGGUAUGCGGAUGGAAAGAAUUUAUGCUUUUCAAUUUCCAUAACGAAUUACAUAAGGAAAGUAGAAAAAGAGACAAACGAUAACAUCUUAGUAUGCGUGCCAGAAGAAGUGAUUUCUUUUUUCAUUAAGUACAAGAACUUUUAUUCAGAGAAAAAUCCCAGCUACUAUAGAGAACCAAAGACCUUGUAUGAAUUUGAAUGCGGGCACUUCAUGAGCAGCAAGCAGUUUAUGAUACAGAUGUAUCUUUUCGAGAUUAUGAAUAGUAUAAAGGAGGCCGCUGAGUUUAUAACUGCUGUGCACAGUAUUCUGCGCGACCAUGCUAAUCUGUACAUGCAUAAAAGGAUUCAUAAAGAGGCGAUGGAAAGCACCAUAAAAAUGUACUGCAGAUGCUUUUUGCCAGACAACAAGUACAAUUUAAGCAAAGUCUAUGAUUACGCAAGAAUUCUGUGUGAUGUUCGGAGGAUUAAGGAACUGCAUAAUAGGACUCCUUUCCAUGUUUUAGACAACUCUACAUUCAUUUACAAUAAAAAUAUAAUAAAGAGAGAGGACUAUUCUAAGAAAAAAGGAAAGAAUAUUCCUUUGGCCUUAAAAACAGAAUAUCUCCUGCUUUCGAUGUUCAAGUGCAUGAUGUACAGCAUUUCUCAAAAAUCCUACGAUACUUCGCAUAUUCCAAAUGCACCUUCUGCACUUUUAGAUUUCUUCACAAAGUACAGGUCUGUUAGAGAGUUCACUAGUGAAGCCAUGAUGGAUGACUGGGGGAAAGUUAUUUUAAAAACGAAAAAUCCAUGCGUUAAAUAUACAAAGAAUGAAAAGGAUAUAUCUGGAGGAAUCAUAAACUUGCUCUAUGCAAUUAGUGCACUAGGUGGACGUCUAGAAGAAGAUGUGUAUCGUAUUAUGGCAGUAGAGAUAGCAUUAUACAAAAAAGAAGUCCCUAUAGAUCACAUACUUGCAGAAUUAGCAAUUUUAAUGAAGAAAAUAAUUUCCUCUCUGUCUUCUAAUGAUUAUGUAGAUGUUUUAUUUUGUUCAGUCACUAAGGGCAUUAGAGAGAAUUCUAAAGAAGAAAUAGAUUUAUUUGGGAACAUAAGUAUUAGUUACAGCAAUACCAAAUUAAUCUAUUCCACUAUGUUUUUGGGUGUUGGCCCCGCACACACCUCUUUCAGGAUAGAGAAGUCUUACAGCAUUAAGGCACAGGAUGAUAUAGCUCAGGUAUUUCAAGAUUCUAAGAAAUUUUUGAAAGAACAUAAUAAUUUCAUAGAUCACCUAGUAGGUCAUUAUAUUAGAACCACACUGGACAACUUCGUAGUUGAUAGAUCUGAGAAGACGAAGUCUUUAAUAAUGCGUGCAGUCAAAAGAGCGGACAAGGAAGAAUUCAAUAAUAUUAAUGCUUUGCUUUUGGUUUUAACCCCAAAUCUUCUGCGAGAGAAUCUAUCUAGGCUGAUGGCCUGUAUUGUAUCCUAUACAUACAGAUGCGAAAUGACAAGUGACCACCCAGUGAUUCGGUUUAUUUCCAACAUAAUAGGAUAUAUGUACUUCGAGCCUGCAAUAGUCCAUAGAAGAAUAUUCCCAAGCAUAUCCUACGCAGGCCAGUCUAGUCUAUACAAUAAAAUAUCUUUGCCUAGCAUUUUCUGGGUGCAAAUAAGACAGAGUGCGCUCUUGCUGGAAUCUCGUGCAGAAGUGAUCCUACUGAGCGAGACCCCGGAGGAAAUAGUCCAAGGCAUUAAUUCAUACAUAGAAGAAAGAAAGGGCUCUGUUAUUUCUGGUGCUUCCUUGCUGCUGCAUUCCAAGUACUGCAAGAGGUUCAUCCAAGCCAUAUUUAAGGACAAUAAUACAGUGCAUGCGCAGAGUAUUAUACAAACCUUACACAAAUAUGAUGACUUGCAUGGACAUAUGCUAGGGAAUAUAUUAUAUUCUGUAUGGGCCCAUUAUAUCAAACAGGACAAAAAAUAUUCGGAUGCUUUAAAGAAUGAAAUUAAAUCGCAAAUGGUAGACUACAUACCAUGUGAUAUUCUAAAACAUUUAAGUAUAUUUGACACUAUUUCUUCUACACCAGAUAAAGUGAGUGAUAUGCAAAUUCUAGUAAACCAAUCGAAUUUACAGUAG